GUGGGCUCAUUAUGGAUGGUCAAUCCCACUCUAUACACAUUUCACUUCUCCAUUGAGAAGGUAUGCUGACAUUAUUGUACAUAGAACAUUGGCUGCAGUGGUUGAAGCUGAAGAGGUCUAUAUGGAGAAAAGGCAGAGUAGUGGUGCAUCUGAUGCAGGUGAUGGGAUUGGCAAUAGAUGUUUUACUGGUCUUUAUUAUGAUAAGGAGGCUGUAGAAUAUGAGGAAGGUAGAGAAGCAUUGUUGUCUGCAGCUGUGAGAUAUGGAGGUCCUGCAUCUGAAGUGGUAACUGAAGUUGUUGCAUAUUGUAAUGAAAGAAAAAGUGCUAGCAAGCAUGCUGAGCAAUCUGCAAGAAAAUGUUUAUCUUUGGGUUUUGCUGAAGAACAAGGAGGGUUCUAAGAGUAGGAUCAACUUUCA